CGCCGAGAAGACGAGCAGCACCGACAUGACACGUGCCGAGCGAGUGUUGCAUGCCGACUUACACUGUUAGUGCCAUCGGCUCCUCAGCCAUCAUCUGCACUGAAGUCGAUCCAGAAGACGCAACGGUCAAUGAGCCUCUGAUCCAAACCCGCCGGGACUCGAGCUGCCACCGCUGCGUUGCCUCCUCUCAGUGGCUUUUGCUGAGAGAAAGAGGUAGAGAGGGUGAGGGAGGGAGAAAAGGUCCUCUCUCCUCAACUGUGUUGUUAUUGAGCGGCGAGGGGGCAAAGACGCGGGUCGAUAAGUGGAUCAGAUUCAUCAGCGGUCCACAUUGGCCACGGCGCGGCGAAUGGCACGCGAGCCACAGUCCUCGGGUGCGCGCGCCGCGCGUUUCAUUUAGCGCAUUCGGAUCGGCAGACAGCGUGUCUACAAGUGCUGCACAAUUUCAAGUGAAAGCAAACCGCCAGGAUGUACUUUGUCCGACUCGCCGCGUCUUUCCACCUUGUCCUGUGUGCUGCGUGGGCCCGUCACUCCUACUUGGACAGCAUCCCCUCGGCCGGCUCAGCUCUCAGGUUUCUGGACGAGCCGCUGACAUUUGACCCCUGCUGCCUCGCGUCGCCGCCCCCGCCGCCGUUCUUCCCUCCGCCGCCUCAGCUGUGGAAGCGCGGCAGCCCCGACGGCAUCGGCGUGCUUGAGCCGAGUGUUUUUGGAGGAGGGGUACAGGAAAAACCGAAACCUGUGAUACCGGGAUGUUCACCUGGACCUCCAGGACAACCAGGACCCCGGGGUCCCGAGGGUCGGGGGGGAUUCCCGGGCAUAAGAGGACCAAAAGGGGAGAAGGGAGAAAUUGGACGUCCGGGGUCAAAGGGCCGUACGGGGGCUCCAGGCCUCCCAGGGAAACCAGGACUACCCGGAUGGCCUGGCCCAGAGGGACCCGAGGGGGAGAAGGGGGAUCCAGGUCUCAUGGGAUUACCAGGACUGAGGGGACCACCAGGGACGAAGGGUUUGCCCGGUUAUAAAGGAGAAAAGGGGGGUUACGGUGAUGCUGGAGUAGCAGGACCGAAAGGUGAUAAGGGAUCCAUUGGUUUGCCCGGGAUGCUUGGACAGAAGGGUGAACAGGGACCGAAGGGAGAGCCAGGGCUCACAGGAAAGAGAGGACCGACUGGACGGCCGGGGAAGAGAGGCAAACAGGGCACGAAGGGCCACAGUGGAGGCCCCGGAGCCAUGGGACCCCAAGGGCUCCCGGGUCCGAACGGCCACCCAGGGCCACCAGGUCCGGCUGCUCCAGGCCUCUAUCUAGUCGGGGAAAAGGGGGAGAAGGGUCCCGUCGGUCCACCGGGUCGCUGUGACUGUGGUUCCACUCUCGGGGCAAAUAACGCUCCUUUUGGAAGCUACACGCGGCGAGGAGGCCUCGACAAAGUCCCGGCGAUAUUUGUGGUGAACAGUGAGGAGGAGAUGGAGCAUCUACGUCUGGACAACGCAAUAGCUUUAAGGAAGGAUGAGAGGGUGCUCUACUUCAAAGACAAAGAUGGAUGGAGGCCCAUUCAGCCCUUCCAGCCGUUCCAGUCCACAGAGAAAGUCCCGGACAGAGUUGGUGUGUGUGGCGACGGAAAGGUGCAGGCGCAACACAGAGAGGAGUGCGAUGACGGAAACCAGAUUGUCACCGACACCUGUCUCGACUGCAAGUGGGCCUACUGUGGAGACGGCUACCGACAUGACGGCAUCGAGGAGUGUGACGGAAAGGACUUUGGUUAUCAGACGUGCAAGUCCUAUCUCCCCGGGUCCUUUGGGCAGCUCAGAUGCACCGACUCUUGCCUCAUCGAUUCCACUGGUUGCAAGUAUUUCACCUGAACCGGAAAAGUGAAGAAAAGAAAACAUUGCAAGUCCGAUUGCAACAUUGAAAAUUCUCUCUCUGAUCCUGGGUGUAUACUUUGGAUUUGUACUGAGGUCUUAAAAAAUAACUAAAGGACCGAGGCAGCGCUUUUGUUCCUGCUCAUAGCCAUGAGGAGCAUGGGAGGGGUCCUUGAAUAGACUGUCUCCUCUGAAGGUUACAUUAUUUUACUGGCCUCGCUGAGCAGCUCCCUGUUAAUGUCACUCCAUCCGUGGAGAUGGUUGGGGGACGUUUGAAUGAUUGCAUCAUAUCAAAUAGUUGCCAUGUGUAUGACUUACUGACUGUUAUUGCAGAAACAUGGUGUAUUCUGUACAUCUGUUGUAGUGAGAGAGAGAAAAAAUAGCCCAUUGCAAAAGAGGCAAAUAUAUUAUUGAUACUAUAUAUGUGUACAUAUAUAAACUGUAUUAUGUAAAUCAGGGGUGUAUUAAUGUGUAUUUGUUGAUCCUGUGUAUUGUAUUCGGAAGUAUGUAUUUAUGAAGUGCAACGCUGUGAUUGUGCAUGUGAACCUGUACUCGUGCACAGUGGACUGCUUUAACCAAUAUUGUAGAAGUAUGGCCCCUCUGGGAUGAAUCUUUAAAUACCCGACAGGAGGAAAAAAGGAAUGUCACACUGCAAAAAAACAGCAAGAAAAAUACAUGCGAGUGUCGCCGCAGCAUGAAGAAAAAAAACUGCUCAGAUGCACCAGAGUGACGUCACCGUAGAUUCAGCAGUGCGAUUCGUGUAUAAUCUGUCUGCAUGACUGUAAAGUUCAUCAAUCCACGAAAGUUAAUAAAGAUUGUGCCAUUCAACGUG